AUGACCACCCGCAAGAGAAAGCAAGAGACCGAGGAGGAACUCCAGGCCCUUCCUAGCGAAGAAAGUGAAGAGGAGGAGGAGUAUGAAGACUCCGAGGUUGAAGGCGAGGGAAGCGAGGGUGAAGAGGAUGAGGAAGAGGUCGAGGGCGAGUCUGAGUCAGAUGAAGAUGAGGAGGAAGAGACAACAGCCGAGACUAAGCCUAAAGCUGAAGCUAAAGAUGAAGGCGCCCCGGUUGCUAAGAAGCAGAAGACUGCGCCCGCUGACGAUAAGGAUGUCGAGGUUGCUGAGGGCGGGGAGAACGGCGCGAAAGAUGAAGUGCCCGAAGAGAACGGCAAGGAGGAGGAUGCCGAGACUGCUGACAAGAGUGCUCCUGCUGCUGCUGCUUCGGAAAAGGGCGAUGUCGUUCCUAAGGAGUCGGAUGUUCCUGAAGUUCAGGAGGCUGCUAAGGAAGAGUAA